AUGGAUACGAGUUUGCAACCUCAAAAUACAUAUGUCCAUCCCACGAGCCUGCUUGACAGCGACUGUAUCCUCAGAAAUAAUGUCAAAAUUGGCCCUUUCUGUCAUGUGGGGGCUAAUGUGACAAUUGGAGAUGGCACAGAGCUUAUUUCUAACGUAACGAUUCUAUCAUCGACGUCACUAGGCAAGGACUGUAAAGUAUAUCCAUUUGCAGUCUUGGGUGGACCGCCGCAGGACAAGAAAUACUCAGGGGAAAACACUGCCUUGGUCGUUGGAAAUGGAACAAUCAUCAGAGAGUUUGCGUCAAUACAUACAGGUACGACAGACGGAGGUAGUAUUACACGUAUUGGAAACAGAUGUUAUAUUAUGACAAACGUCCAUGUCGGUCAUGAUUGCCAGAUUGAUGACGAUGUAGUGCUUGCUACUGGAACUGGAUUAGCAGGUCACGUCUCUGUGGGUAGAAGUGCCAUCGUGUCUGGGCAAACUGGCAUUCAUCAGUUUUGUCGGAUUGGCCAGCUGGCAUUUGUCGGUGGGGGAAGUAUGGUCACUGGGGAUGUUUUGCCAUUUUCUACCGUCAUCGGCAAUAGAGCAAGGACAGUGGGCUUGAACAACGAAGGGUUAAGGCGGCGGGGAUGGACGUUUGAGAGGAUGUCAAUCUUGAGAACUGCACUGGUGAUCUUCCAGAAGUCAGGGCAGCAAGGUUUGGAAAGUUACCUUGAAGAGUCUGUCGACUCUGCUGAUAUAAAAGUGUUGCUCGAUUUUGUAAAAGGCUCAACAAGAGGUAUUUGCCUACCGAAAGCGGAUGCAAAAGUAGUAGUUAAGUUAUAG